UAAAGUUAAUCCGGUAGUAUAAACUACUCCAGGUAGGAUUUUUAUUCCAAGUAGCAGCUGCCCUGUGUUUUAGGAUGUUAGGGUUGGAUGGGCUGACUUAGGAGUAGUUCUGUGGAGGGAAGAACAGUAUUUGGAAACCAAAGGGAGAGCUUGGGAGAAGUUGAACCUGUUUCUUUCUCUCCCACUACUGGAAGUGGAUUUGUGAGGCCUUUCAGCACAGGAGUGACGGUUGCUGGACGUGUGGAGCCUCGACCAGAGACGUACCUUGGUCUGUCUUCAUGGGACUGUCUCUUCUGCUGGAUCACAAGCAUUCCCAGACAUGCAUCACUUUGAGGAAGAAUUAACGUGUUCCAUUUGCUAUAGCAUAUUUGAAGAUCCCCGCGUUCUGCCCUGUUCCCACACGUUCUGUAGGAAUUGUCUGGAAGGCGUUAUUCAUCUCUCGAGCAACUUUUCCAUUUGGAGACCCCUGAGAGUUCCUCUCAAGUGUCCUACGUGUAGGAGUAUUGUUGAAAUUCCCACCUCUGGUAUCGAAUCGUUGCCUAUUAACUUUGCGUUGAAAGCGAUUAUUGAAAAAUACCAACAGGAGGAUCCCUCUGAUGUUGCCACCUGCAGUGAACACUACAGGCAACCGCUGAACGUUUACUGCGUUUUGGAUAAAAAGCUGGUGUGUGGCCAUUGCCUGACCAUAGGAAAACACAACGGGCACCCCAUAGAUGACCUGCAAAGCGCCUUCCUGAAGGAAAAGGUGACUUCUGGAAAACUUGUGGAGCAGCUGACGGAUAAACACUGGACUGAUGUGUGUCUGCUUAUGGAAAAGCUGAAAGAACAGAAGUCCCAGUGUGAAAACGUCGUUCAGGAUGAUAAAAAAGCAGUGGUACAGUAUUUUAAGAAGCUUAGUGACACCUUGGAGCACAAAAAACAAGCUCUGCUGACUGCACUAGAUGAAGUUAACACUCACAUUUUGGAGGAAUAUGAACCUCUCAUUGAGAAGUUGAAAAAAAUAAGGGAACAACAGCUGGAAUUAAUGUCACUGAAUACAUGUAUUCAAAAAGAAGAGUCCCCGCUUGCUUUUCUCGAGAAGGUGGAUGAUCUGCGUCAACGUAUAAAAGCUUUGAAACAGCAGCAGCUGCCGGAUGUUAAACCUAUGGAGGUUUAUCCGAGGAUUGAGCACCUGUUGAAAGAUGUGUGGUCUAAAACUGAAAUCAGGCAGAUCAACAAGAUCCUCACUCCAAAAAUAAAACUGAUUCCAAAAAGGAAGUUACACAACCAAGGCAGCGGAAAGGAAGGGAGAGAAUCUCAAGAACAACACCAGGAUGUAUAUGCUUUCACAGUCCCGCUUCUUUUUUUUAUCAUCAUCGUGGUAACUGUGUUUUCCUUUCACAAACCAGUAUUUGCACUUGAUAUAAAAGCUACUUCCGCUUACUUUUCAGAGUUUUUGCUGCUUAUUUAUCAAGAUUUCUGCACCUAUUUGCAGAAUAUGGAGGAUGUGCUGUCCCAUAAAUUUAAUUUACUGAUCGAGUUUUUCAGGAGAAUUGUUUCUCGUUGACUGUAUCAACAAUUGGAUUAAAAGCUAGUGUAGGAAUCCCCAGGAUUUUUUGUUUCAUUUUCUACUUCAAAGCUGGACUGCUAAAGUUCAACCCUUUUCCUUCCUAUUUCCAUAUCCUUCUGUUUUCUGUAUUGUAUAGAUUUGCUCUUAUGUAACUCUUAGUUAACUGGGAAGAUUAACAAGAUUCUGCUCAAUGUGGUAUGGUAGGUGUGUUUGUUUAAACUGGAGCUACCCAGAAAUGUCUGCACACAAAGAGUGUAAUCAGUUUAUUAAUUGUAAUUUGGAAGCCUAUUUGUCAAAACACCUCAAAUAUCAACUGACUUUCUUUAUCUUUUUGGUAUUUUGUGUUUUAUUGACCUCUCUCUCAAUGUAUUUUAACCAAUACACCUGUGGCCUUUAAAUCAUAUAUUCAUGGCCCUGUGUUUUCGUUUGUUCCUGGUUAGUAGUGGAUGACAUCACUUCAUUUUUUGAAUAACGUGUUUCAAAUGGUUCUCUCCUGUUACAGAGCAGUAGCUGUAGGGUUUCUGGGGAAGUAUUGCAUAAUUUUUUUAGCACUAGCUGUGCACAAAUCAGGUGUUUGUUUAGUCUGGCUGGGAGCUCUCACUGCUGACUACAAUGAGCCCUGACUAUUUGCUGAAUUAUUUAAUGUGUAGUGAAAACAGAGACAUACUGUAGUAAGUGGCAAAACUCACACUGAAGUCAGUGGUAUAAGGAUUUCCAGUGUCAAGAGCUGUUAAAACAACUUGAUGGUGAAUGUAAAUGUAAAUUUAUAUUUACCUUUUCAGCACAGAGAUCUUGACCUUGUUACAGAUCACUAACACUGUUCACUACUGGUGUGAUGCUCCAGUCUGAACUGCGCUGGGGAGUGAAAUCCCCAUUGAACGCCGGUUUUGUUCCCCAGUUACUAACAGGCUGGUUGCAGUGAGUACUGGGACAGCCUUGGGGAGCUGCAGGUACGAUAGCAGAACACAGGUGAGCUUACAGUUCAAUAAAGCACCAAAUAUGACUAUUUGCUAUAUGUACUUGUACUUGACUUGAUAAAAACAAUAGCAUAUUCUAGCAGAGCAGCAUUUCCUGGCUGGUUUUAUCUUUUUUUUUAUUUGUAUGUAGUAUUGUUUUAUUUUUAACUAAGAUUAAACAAUGAUUAAUCCUGAGGCCAACCUUUAGCUACUCGGUAUUUUAAACCCUUGUGUGAACCAAAACGUGCCUGUUACUACCAGCAGGCACUAGCGGGGCCCUGCAAAAUACCUGUUGCUGCCAGACUGCAGUGAGAGCUGAGAGCAAGGGCAGGCCUCGGAUGUGAUGCUGACACCUUCCUAAAUGAAGAAAUUAAUAACAUUAUUGAUAUCUUAAUAUUGCCAUAUUGAUAAACACCGGGCAGUGUCUUACGCCCUGUUAGAAGGCCGUCACUUGGCACGUAAGGCUCUCCAAACCUGGUGCCAGUGUCUAUCCGCUAACACACGAGGCUCUUUUAUUUUUACUUUCCUUUUUAUUUUUCUGACUUUUAAAAACUAUUAGAGUUUAUAUAUACCUGUAGUCUUGAAAAAUAAAAUGGCAUUAUAAAAUGUCUUUACCACUGAUUGAAAUGUUUAGUACUUGUACUUAUAAUGCACUCUAUAUUUUAAUAAACUUGCAUACAAAUAAAAUAUAUUCUUACAGUA